AUGGCUCAGGUACUCGGAAAGGCUCAAGAGCGUGACAAGGAAAAGACGCGGUUGUCAGGAUGGGUCCUUCCAAAGCAAGAGACCUCUUAUGCUCCAGAUGGGACAUGGACAAAUAUUGACCUUGAUGUCACGCCUCCAGAACGACGGACUUGGACCGCAGUCUCGAUGCUUGGGUAUUGGGUUUCUGACAUACUUUCAGCGCAAUCGUGGCAAAUCGGCGCGAGCGUGCUGGCAAUUGGCCUGACUUAUCGCGAGGCCAUAUGGUGCGUCUUGGUCGGGAGUGCGGUGAUGUCGUUCGCCAUAGCGUUCAAUGGAGCGCCGGGGGCGUAUCUUCGAGUCCCAUUCCCAAUUUGGAUUCGGGCGGCCUUUGGGUACACUGGCGGCAAAUUUCCAGUGGCUUGUCGAAUUGUUACCGCGCUGUUCUGGCACGCUAUUCAGACGUAUACCGGCAGCAUUGCUUUGACCGUCAUGUUGGCUGCCAUUUGGCCAAGCUACCUGGACAUACCGAACCAUCUGCCAAAGAGCGCUGGCAUCACGAGUCAAGGCCUUCUCAGCCACUUCUUAUUCUGGUGCAUUCAAUUGCCCUUUCUUCUCGUACGGCCUCACAAAUUGAAGUGGUUCUUUGUAUUUAAGGCCGUCGUGACGAUCACUGCUGCUGUUGGAACAACAAUAGCGGUAUGCGUCCAAGCGGGCGGAUCUGGCGACAUCUGGGACCAAAAGCCAAAAGUUUCAGGUUGGACGAAAUCAUGGCUGAUUGUGUCUACAUUGACAGCCCAGACUGGCAGCUGGUCGACUGUCGGUACCAAUAUCUCUGACUUCACUCGGUACCUCAAGAAGCCCAGAACCACGUACUUUCAAUGCGCCUUCUUCCCGGUGAUUUGCUUUUCCAUAGCAAUUCUCGGGAUAAUCAGCGCAUCGGCGUCCAAAGUGCUAUAUGGAGACUACGUCUGGGAUCCGUUAACGCUCGCGAGCAAGUGGAAAUCGCCAGGAGGUCGCGCGGCAGCCUUCUACUGCGGACUGGCGUGGAUGGUGGCUCAAAUCGGCGUCAAUGUGUCUGCCAACGUCAUUUCUGCUUCGAAUGAUCUAGCCAGCUUCUUUCCCAAGUAUAUCAAUAUACGGAGAGCAGCAGUGCUAUGCACGAUCACAGGUGGAUGGGUCAUGGUACCGUGGAAGAUCAUCACCAGCGCGCAGAGCCUGCUGAACUUCAUGGCCAGUCUUGGGAUCUUCCUCGCUCCGAUCAUUGCCAUCAGUAUCGCUGACUAUUGGCUGAUCAAACAACGACGCGUCGAAGUUCCGUCGCUCUACGAUCCGAAUGGAAGGUAUGCCUACCAUGCAGGGUGGAACUGGCGAGCUUUAUUAGCUAUGCUCGUAAGCAUAGGCCCCACGCUUCCGAGUCUGGUCAAGAACGUGAAGCCAUCAGUUGAUAUCGGCGGAGCGUCGUAUAUCGCUGACCUCGUGUGGUACUAUGGCUUCAUCAGUGCUUUUCUUGUGUACUUGGCCGUGACCACUUUGUGGACGCCGGCAGGGGCUCUGAUGUCCGAGGCAGAGUUUGCGGCAGCGCGACAUGCUGAAGUCAUCUUCCUUCGGGUGCGCGACAAGCAGUAUUCGGAGUCCUAG